CAUGAGUGACAGGAUCUUCUCAGGCUGACAGUUUUGACGGAUAUUGCCUGAUAUCAUCCUUAAAGACCAUGUAGCAACUCUCGACAUCCUGCACCUCUAUUUAUUUCUUUUAUUCAUCAAAACUUUUUGGAGAUUUAAGCGAUGGAGUUUGACGCAGGACGGCGCGAUGGAGCCCUUCACCAUCGAAAACCGAGGAUGUGUUUCUGAUAGUGGACAGAUUCGGGGCCAGUCAUGGAGCCUAAGCUGAACUGCAGCUCCGUGUGUGAUUCCCCACUUUGCCUCAUCCAGGCUGGAUUCAGCAGGCAGGAUGGCCAAGACAUCCUAAGGAGACUAUGCAGACUAAACACGUUGGCAGCAGAGGUCCCGAGGCAAACCCUCUCUCCAGUGAUCAGAGCCAUUGUCUGGACAAUGCUGUCUUCUGGCAUCUUGUUGGCACUCUGCUUUCUGUCAUUCACCCUGCGCUUCAAAAACAACAGGAUAGUGAAGAUGUCCAGUCCCAACCUGAACGUUAUGACUCUCUUUGGAAGUAUCCUCACAUAUAUCAGCGGCUUUCUGUUUGCAGUCCAGGAGCCAUUUCACACACAAGCUGAGGUGCCUGUUACUAUGCUUCAAGCUCGGAUGUGGACACUUUGUGUUGGAAGCACCCUCGUAUUUGGACCAAUUUUGGGGAAGACCUGGAGACUUUACAGAGUUUUCACUCAGCGUGUUCCAGACAAGAGAGUGAUCAUUCGAGACAUCCAGCUGAUUGGCAUGGUGUUUCUCCUGAUCCUGCUGGACAUUCUGGUUCUCACCACUUGGACUCUUACAGACCCUGUCAGGUGUUUGCAAUUUGACCGAGACGUUGCCAAGGUGACAGAAAGAGACGCCUCCUACCCUUUGUCACAACUGGACUCUUGUUCAUCUGAUUACUCAAAUAUAUGGGUCAUCAUUACCGCUGUUCAGAAAGGUUGUCUUCUCCUGUAUGGCACUUACCUGGCUGGGCUCACCAGCAAUGUCAGCCAUCCUCCAGUCAACCAGUCUCCCACUAUCAUAACGGCCGUCACUCUGGUUACCCUCUCCUCCGCUGUGGCCGUCCCUGUGUUCGUCUACCUGCACACCUGGACCAACCUGGUCUACAGCACUGUGGCUGGAGCCAUCUUCAUCUGCACACUGGCCACUAACUGCAUGCUGUUUGUGCCGCAGUUGACGCAAUGGCGGCAUUUUGAGGAGGAUCAGAACAACCCGAGUCAGAUGGCCAAGUAUUUCAGCAGCCCCAGUAAGAGCCAGCCGUCUGUGUACAGCCAGGAUGAGUUCUACUUCCUGCUGGGGGAGAACAGCUCAAUGAAAAAGCUCCUGAGCGAGAAGAAUGCUGUGAUUGAUAGUCUUCAGGAGCAGGUAAACAAUGCCAAGGAUAAACUCCUGAGGCUCAUGACAGCAAGCCAGCCUAUCGUGGACCAGGAUGUUGAUUCUUCAACUACAAAAUUCAACUCCUCCUCCACACAGGCAACUGAGGUUCAGUCUGAAGGAACCUCCUCUUCUUCUGUCUCUCAAAGAGAUGCAAAAUCAAGAAUUUUACCUCCUGCUACCUCUGAUGAUCUCACUCUGCAUCCCCAUAUCUUAAAUGCACCUAUGAAGUCUUUUGAGACUUUCUCUGUCCAAAACUCGGUGGAUUUUAACAUAGUUUCUUCCCCCUUCACUGAUGACGGACCCCCGAGUGGAACCCAGAAAGAUGUCGCUGAAUCUGCAAGCAGAGACAUAGAAGGAUCCAGAGUGAGAGAGCAGAAGCAGCCUUCAUCCCUUACAUUUCCUGGAAGGACAGCAGAAGAGGCUGUUCACUUUGUUACUUCUCUUCAAAACCAUAGAAAACUGAAUCCCUCCCAGGUUGAACUCAUCGGUCAUGGUGGCCUGUCACUGCAGAUGGGGGCAAAUCCAAAACUGACUGGUUUUGUCAGCAGCGAGAAGCUGCAGGAGAUCAUCCAGGAGCUGAGCAUUGCUGCAGCCACAGAAGCAUCUACAGCCUCUUCUCAACCCAAACUGAACACAUUAUCCCCUCUGUCCCUCUGUUCCCCUCGGUCACCUUCUGUAUUCAACUACCCAAGUAUCUCUCCUUACAUGAUGAGAAAACGCCGGCGUCGCUUCCAAACCUCCAGGAGAACUUUGUCCCCUUCCUGUUUCUACACAGGCUCAGAUGUUCCCAAUUUAGGACUAAAACGAAACGCCUGCGAAAACCAGAAUCCAGCUGAUGCACGUUCUUAUGUUCAGGCCAGUGUCUCGGAUUUAGAAAAGUCAGCGGAGGAGAAUGAGGGGGGUAGAGAUAAAGAGGAGGCAAUCAAGAACUAUCCAAGUUGUGCUAUGAGGUCUGAGAGAUGCCCACUGUGGCGUUGUGCUGGACAGGACUGUUCGCCUCAGCAUGGCGUGGAAGAGAGCUGCAGCAGCAGGCAACACCAUCGGUGCAUCAGAGAUUCAAGUGGAUACUGGGAUUCAGACUCUAGCAGCUCCACGGAUUACUGCUACUACCAUCGACCCUUCUGUGAUUCCUGCCUGCAGCGAGACUCCUACCUCUGCUCAGACAGCUCGUCAGACUCGUCUGACGGCGAAUAUGAGGAUUAUACGGACCUUUACCGACCCCCACGACCCGUUGUGUUCAAAGAUGACCUCAAACCUACUUUAGUAUGAGAAAAUGUUUACAGCACUUUAUAUAUUAUUUAUAUAGCUACAGUACUUGAACUUACAGUAUUUUGAAGAAUUAUUUCCCCCUUAUGAAUUUCUUUAUGUGAAAUUUAAAUGGUUAAGAUUAUCAAACAGAUUUAUCGAGUAUUAAAAGAUAAUCUGAAUGUGUGUUUUUUUUUAAAUAGUUAAUUUAUUUAUCAAAGAAAACAAACCGUCCAAAUUAACUUUGCCCUGUGGAAAAAAAUGAUUAGCAAUCUAAUAACUGGUUUGCAGGGUGAUCUUGGUGGCGAUGAUGGCCAUUAAAUGUUUACCCUACCUAAGAUGCUCAAUGAUUUGGACCAUUUUGUGCAACAAAAGCAAAUAUUUUUUUAGCACAAUACUUGCUUCUAAAGCCCCAGACUCAAUGAUUAUUGCAUUUUAAGAUAAUAGAAUGUUGUACUGCACGACAACAUAGCGUUAAUUUCAGUAAGACAUUUUUUUUUAUAUUUUUAUAUGAAGAAAAUUAUGAUGUCAAAUUCUGUCACUUUUAAGAAAUUAAGAAUUGUAGAUUUAUCAGACUUUUUUGUUCAAGAGUGCAAAUUGUUUUUAUCUUAUGAAAUUUCUAUAAGUUAUUUUUGUAUGAAUAUAAAUAAGUAGGAUCACAUAAGUGUCUCUUCACAAUUGUCCCAAUACGGAUAAAAAAUGUAUUAGAUUAUUUUGCAGAUUAUUACAGAUUCAGUUAAUAAUUGUGUAAACACUGAACUUAUUUUAAUUUAUUUAUAAAUUUUAUGUUGUAAA